AUGAAGAAGCAUUAUACAACAACGGUAAUAUACGAUGAUACCGGUCCUGUUUUAAUAUCUUAUCCAUUAUCAUGUCAAAGUAAAAUUCGAAAUGAUCCACCAAAAAUAUGGCUUCUUCAUUUGUCGAAUUUUUAUUCAUAUAAUGGUAUUCGAACAGUUGUUAUUGAACCAUCUAUUAAAGAUAAGAAAGCUCUAUUUUGUGAUCCAUUUAUUUACCAAAAUUGCGUAUAUUUAUUCAAUCGUUUCGAAAGUACCAUAUUAAGCGUUGCUAUUACUGGUAAAAAUCGUGGUCUUACUCAAAUACUGAAUACACAUCCGGAUGGUCGAUUUCAGAAGCCAAACAAUAAAUAUGCAAAUCGUUGUUUGUUUCUACUACGUAAUAUUAUCCUAAUUUAUUGUCAUCAACGCUUGGAUAAGCCUAAUGAGGAACCACAACUUUGGAUUCUGGAAUUGAAAACGAUGACAUGGCAUCGAUUACAUCUUAUUCUUAACCAUCAUCAUCCCAUUGGUUUAGUUAAUUUUCAAAAAUCUAUCAAAGAAGAAUUUGCAUAUUUGCAUGGUGAAUGUGGACGUAGUAAAUGUCAGGAAAAAGUUCACCUGUAUCAAUUAAGUACCACGCAGGAUUCUAUCAUUAUG